AUGCACCAAGCUCCUGAUGUAUUACAUCCGACUGUUGUAUCUUGUCCAUUUGAUGCUUGGGGACUAGACGUAGUUGUACCUCUGUCAAAAUCUUCUAAUGGCCACUUGUACAUCCUUGCACCGACAAAUUACUUCUCAAAAUGGGUUGAGGCGGUAGCCCUCAAAGAAAUAAAGAAGGAAAAUGUCGCAAACUUCAUUAAGGUGAAUAUAAUCUAUCAUUUUGUCAUUCCUAGUUAUAUACUAACAGAUAAUGGAAAGCCAUUUGCCAAUAAAUUAAUCGAUAAGAUUUGUGGCCUUUUUGGCUUUAAGCAACGUAAUUCUUCAAUGUAUUGUACUGCUGCAAAUGGUCUAGCUGAAGCAUUUAACAAGACCCUGUGCAACUUGUUAAAGAAAUUCAUCUCCAAAUCUAAAAGAGAUUGGAAUGAUAGAAUGAAGGAACUCUUUGGGUAUACCGGACGACUCAUCGCACGCCAACUCAAUCAACUCCUUAUUCUCUUGGUUUUGGAACUGAAGCAGUCCUUCCACUUGAAUAAUAAAUACCAUCACUAA